GGCCGGCCGCCAUACUUCGUCACACCCUAGAUAGUUCAUGGAUACAUUCUGAUUAUUUUUGGAAGAAUAAUCGCUUUUUACAAGAUUUCUCAACACGGAACUACAUUGUCCACAUUCGAAGAGUGUAUCUGGAUCAUUUUAAAAGCGAUCGCGACGGAGUUUCCUCUAGUUUCAAGGCAUAGAACGUCGACAAAGUUCGCGCUUAUAGACUGGUAAUUGAGUGAGGCUCAUCUUCGAUCAUCAAGAUGGGCAAGUUACUGUCCAAAAUCUUUGGCAACAAAGAAAUGAGAAUAUUGAUGUUAGGGCUUGAUGCUGCUGGGAAAACUACAAUAUUAUAUAAACUUAAGCUUGGUCAAUCUGUGACGACCAUACCCACCGUAGGAUUCAAUGUUGAAACAGUAACGUAUAAAAAUGUUAAAUUUAAUGUCUGGGACGUUGGUGGGCAGGACAAAAUACGACCGCUAUGGCGCCAUUAUUAUACUGGUACCCAGGGUUUGAUAUUCGUCGUGGAUUGCGCGGACAGGGAUCGUAUCGAAGAAGCGAGACAGGAACUACACAGAAUUAUAAACGAUCGGGAAAUGAGGGAUGCUAUAAUUCUAAUAUUUGCGAACAAACAGGAUUUACCGGACGCGAUGAAACCUCACGAAAUUCAGGAAAAACUCGGCCUAACUCGAAUUCGCGACCGGAAUUGGUACGUGCAACCGUCGUGUGCGACAACUGGCGAUGGUCUUUACGAAGGAUUAACAUGGCUGACGUCAAAUCACAAAUCGUGAGUCCGGAAUCAUUUCGCGCCGCAAAAAAAAACCCGAGAAAUAUUAGACCUUAAAAAUGUAUGAUAGACAGAAAAGUUAUUUUCGAAUUUUCAAAUAUGCACAAUGCUGUACAAUGUGCAGAAUUGCUCGUUUCAGAGCUAUGGCUAAAACGUGAUGAAAGUUAACAGUGAGGUAGGAAAUAAGAGUUUUAGCACGAAAGCCGGCGUCUCGCUUGUUUCAAGGUCCACCUGGAUUGCAAACCCUCUUUGUUCACUUGUGCAAAAAAUGAAACCAACUCAACAUUGACAAUAAAAUAGAAGUGAUAGGCUAACGUAUACUCCUGGUUUUAUUUUUUCGCUAUAUUUUAUUUCUAAAUCAUUAAUUAUCACUAUAUAUAGAAAGGUUUGCGGCACUGAUCUGAAAACUAAACUGGAUAGCACGAAGUUUACUCGAGGAAAAUGUGUAACCUGUUUAUCGGGCGCGUACAUUUUCAUAAUUGAAGGGAAAAUCGGGCAGAGAUGCGUGUAGGCUAGAGGGUAGAUAUAUGGUAGUGUUGAUGUGAUAUUUUGAGUUUAAAAAAUUGAAGAUAUAGUUUCUCUCAUUUCUUUCCUAAACGUCUUGGAAUUUUAGAAAUAAACAGUCCAGUUUUGUUUCCUGAUCAGGGUCAAAAUUAGCAUUACUCAACAGUGAACUCUAAGGGGACUGGAGCGAGACGAGCAUUCAUCGUUUCAGUAAUUAUUGAGGUCACUGGCCCUCUUCAGCACGUAUAAAGUAUUUCUGAGUAAAAUACGGUCAUUCGAAGGAAUUGUGUCCGAGUGAUGAUAUCCCGUUACGCGCCCAGAGUGUUUUCAAAUCCUUUUCGGACUGGAAUUUCUAUUUUCGAAUUACGAAAAUUUCAACGAGUUACUAUAUUUUUAGAUAGAGUUAAUUUGUUCCUCGAUAAGUUAUUGUAAAAUAUGGCAGUCGGCACAUAGCGUUUAGCCAAAAUUGACCUUCGCACGCAUCCUUAUGAGUUUGCACAUGUUAUAUACAGAAACCUGCCAUAGAAAAACAUUCAUGAUCUUUCAAAGUGAUGAGGAUUUUAUUGCCCCGUAUGUACUGGUAUAACUAACUCCUGUAAAUUUAAUCUGUUUAUUAUUAGGACAAAUAAAUUGAAACGAAACCUGUAUAUUCUUAAA